UGGGCCCAUGGAGGGGUCUCAAGUCUUCAGUUCUCAAAGAUCACCUUUUAAGCUUCAUUCGAAACAUGAUACAGCCACACGAAUCCUAGCCCUGAAUCUCACGAAGACCUCAGUACACCUGGGGAAGGCAGCACACCCAGUUCCGACACUACUAGAGACGUCACACGCCGCAGCACCCACCCGCUCCCGGCCCAGAGCGAGCGCACGCGCAGAACGAGAGAGCGGUCACCCAGGGAUCGGGGCUAUCUGCACAGAGGUUACAGUCUCGGAAAGGCCUGGCUUCUUCGUGGCUUUGUGGAGAUCCCGCACAGCGGCCAUUCGAUUAGCACCCGAAGAGAUUCAAAGGAAGCAGCUGUUCAGUCCCCAGCAUAUUUCCGUUUCAAACAACCCACUUCCGGUUUUUCAGCCGGUUCCGGUCCCGCCCUUCACUUCCGGUUGCUUUCGGUCUCGCAGCGGCCGGUUUCUGCGUCCGCUGCCGCUGGUUCCACCGCGCUCCAGGUAUUUUUUUUCUGAAGGAAAGCUGCUUCCUCAUAUGUUUCAAGAAUGGCUCUCCCUAUCAUUGUAAAAUGGGGUGGACAGGAGUAUUCAGUGACCACACUUUCAGAAGAUGAUACUGUGCUCGAUCUCAAACAGUUUCUCAAGACCCUUACAGGAGUGCUUCCAGAACGCCAAAAGUUACUUGGACUCAAAGUUAAAGGCAAACCUGCAGAAAAUGAUGUUAAGCUUGGAGCUCUCAAACUGAAACCAAAUACUAAAAUCAUGAUGAUGGGAACUCGUGAGGAGAGCUUGGAAGAUGUCUUAGGUCCACCCCCUGACAAUGAUGAUGUUGUUAAUGACUUUGAUAUUGAAGAUGAAGUAGUUGAAGUAGAAAAUAGGGAAGAAAACCUACUGAAAAUUUCUCGCAGAGUGAAAGAGUACAAAGUGGAAAUUUUGAAUCCUCCCAGGGAAGGGAAAAAGCUUUUGGUACUAGAUGUUGAUUAUACAUUAUUUGACCACAGGUCUUGUGCAGAGACUGGGGUAGAGUUAAUGCGGCCAUAUCUUCAUGAAUUUCUAACAUCUGCCUAUGAAGAUUAUGACAUUGUUAUUUGGUCUGCAACAAAUAUGAAGUGGAUUGAAGCUAAAAUGAAAGAGCUGGGAGUGAGCACAAAUGCAAAUUAUAAGAUUACUUUCAUGUUGGAUAGUGCUGCUAUGAUAACAGUACAUACUCCAAGGAGAGGAUUAAUAGAUGUAAAGCCUCUUGGUGUUAUAUGGGGAAAGUUUUCGGAGUUUUACAGCAAGAAAAACACCAUUAUGUUUGAUGACAUAGGGAGAAAUUUUCUAAUGAACCCACAGAAUGGACUAAAGAUAAGGCCUUUUAUGAAAGCGCACCUAAAUCGAGAUAAAGACAAAGAACUUUUAAAAUUAACUCAGUACCUCAAGGAAAUAGCAAAAUUAGAUGACUUUUUGGAUCUAAAUCACAAAUAUUGGGAAAGAUAUCUCUCAAAGAAGCAAGGACAGUAGUUACAAGUUAUACUGGCAGUUACUGAAGAUACUUAAGAUCCAAGAACUUCUUGCUUUUAUGCUAGAAAUCAUUAUGAUAGUGCUGGACACUGAAGCAAAUACCAUAAUGCUUAUACUUGGUCUUCCAGUUUUUUGUAAAUUUAAUUUUAUAUUUUUUGAAGAUGAUAGCAAUAUGCUAAAAAAAAAAAUGCUUGUCCCCUCUAUGAAUAUUCUGUUACUCUUGAAAAAUAUUUUCUCCAGUGUUGGUUGCUGACCCCUCCCCCCCCCCCCCCCAACACACACACACACACACACACACACACACACACAGAGUGGAGAAAAAUGUAUGCUCAACAAUGUCAUUUUGUGACUUUGGAAACAAGUUAUGUUUUGUGUUUUUGUCUCAUUGUGUUAUUGUCUGACUAAAUCUAAGACCAAACCCAUGUUGAAACUAGUGCUUUCCCCUUUAAAACCAAAAAAAAAAAGUUUUUGAUUAAAGAACCUAGUUUGUUAUGCUUAAAAUUAUCAAGAAUUUUUUAUUCCUUUGUCAUAGACACAAUUUCUCUUCUGUAUGCCACUAGUUACAUUUCUAAAUUCUGAGCGGUCUCAGUUAGGCCUGUAUGUGUGUACACGUCCAAGUAAAGCUGGAAAACGUCAGUCUUGAUACAGCUGUGUCUUAGUAUGAGAAACAGAAGACUGAAGAAUAAAAACUAAGGAACAAAAAUGAAUCUCUUUUUGGUGGCUAAGUAUAAUCUGCCUAAAACCAUUGUCAUAAAAGCAGUUAAAGGCAAUAAAUUUUUAAAAGGGACAUAUCACUGAUUCAUUCCUAAAAAGCAUGAACAAAAAGUUUUUGUUCUGUUCCAGCUAUAUCUUGUCUAAGUGCUAACACUGUUUCAGUGAAAAUAUCUAGCCAUAAGAUUAAAAAAAUAUAUUAUUUGCAAUGCUUAAGCCUGCAGAUAUGUAAUGUGACCACUGUUUUGUGUUGACAAUAUUGCUUUAUACAGUUCUUGUAUUUGAAAGGAAUUGAUCCUUUUAAAGAAACCAUGGUGUAUAUUGUUCUUACAGGACUAAUUUCAGUGGUGUAAAUAAUAAAUAUCUUUUCUUAAAACAUU